AAAGAGAGGAGAGAGAGAGAGAGAGGGAAAAAGUGGGCGAGAGAGUGAGGUGGGUCAGAAACACACGUCGUCCUCAGGCAAAAUCCAUGUGCCCACAUGGAUGAUGGCGAGAGAAGCAACAGAGUAACACUACUACUGCUUGAUCUUGGUGACACCAUUUAUAACCCUUCUCCUCCUCCUCCUUCUGCAACAUCCUCACAAGAAGCAGACAACUUUCGAAACAGUGACUGACUGACUACCCCAAAAAUAGCGAGCUUUCUUCACUUUCUGACACCAGACCGUGAAAAAAAAUGAAGGAGAAGAGCGACGGCGGCGGAGGCGGAGGCGGGUAUUUGAGGGCGGAUCAGAUAGAUCUGAAGAGCUUGGACGAGCAGCUGCAGCGGCACCUCAGCAGGGCAUGUACGAUGGAGAAGAACAAGAAGCCGGAGGAAGACGAAGAGGCAGUGGCGGCGUCGAGGAGCAACACUCCCAGAAGGCAAGAGUGGGAGAUUGAUCCCUCCAAGCUCGUCGUCAAGGGCGCUAUAGCUCGUGGCACUUUCGGCGCGGUUCACCGUGGCAUGUACGACGGCCAAGACGUCGCCGUUAAACUUCUAGAUUGGGGAGAAGAGGGGCAUAGAUCAGAUGCUGAAAUAGCUUCACUAAGAGCAGCUUUUACUCAAGAAGUUGCUGUCUGGCAUAAGCUUGAGCACCCUAAUGUAACCAAGUUUAUAGGGGCUACAAUGGGAUCAUCGGAGCUACACAUACAAACAGAUAAUGGCCAAGUUGGCAUGCCAAGUAAUGUUUGUUGUGUUGUUGUUGAAUAUUGUCCUGGCGGUGCACUGAAAUCUUACCUCAUAAAGAACCGCAGAAGGAAGCUGGCAUUCAAACUAGUUGUCCAACUGGCAUUGGAUCUUGCAAGAGGUUUGUGCUAUCUUCAUUCGAAGAAGAUUGUUCACAGAGAUGUUAAAACAGAAAACAUGCUUCUGGACAAGACACGAACUGUAAAAAUAGCCGAUUUUGGGGUUGCUCGUGUUGAGGCUUCAAAUCCUAAUGAAAUGACUGGGGAAACUGGAACCCUCGGUUACAUGGCUCCAGAGGUUCUAAAUGGCCACCCAUAUAACAGAAAAUGUGAUGUGUACAGUUUCGGAAUCUGCUUGUGGGAAAUAUACUGUUGUGACAUGCCGUAUCCUGAUCUCAGCUUCUCGGAAGUGACAUCAGCCGUUGUCCGCCAGAAUCUGAGGCCAGAGAUACCUCGUUGUUGCCCAAGUGCUCUUGCAAAUGUGAUGAAGCGAUGUUGGGACGCUAGCCCUGACAAGCGGCCUGAGAUGGACGAGGUGGUGGCCAUGUUGGAGGCCAUUGACACAUCUAAAGGUGGAGGUAUGAUCCCCGGGGACCAGCCGCAGGGUUGUUUCUGUUUCCUCAAGUACCGCGGACCUUGAAAGAUUUGCUCCUCGUCCGGCAAGCGAGAGACGCGAAAGGAACGUGUCCGUUCUGGAAAUUCAAUUUGUAUUAGAUUGAAUUGAAUAGAUUGAGAGAAGUGAAUACAAAAGUGUGGAGGCUGUAGGUUUAAUAUGUGCUCUGCAACAUCAGUUGCUUGUUGGACUAUAAACUUGUGAAGCUUUCGUUUCUUUA